AUGCUUUGGAACGCGACUGUCCACAACCUGAAUGCGAGUUCGUGUCGAGUUGACCUGGGGAGUGUUGAGAUCUUCCCACUGGGGAGGCUUCAGCCCCUUAACCUACUCGAUGUCCUCGACCAGAACAGAACAACGAGUGGGAUGAAUCCCUCUCAUAUCUGCUUGGCAUGCCGUCGAAGACUGGGCGCAUUGCGCCCUCCCAGACCUGUCCAAUGGCGGCCUCGAGGAACAUUCACCUCUCUCAGCAACCAUACCCGAACCACGACCGAUGAGAAAGCCACAGAGGAGCUCUUGAACCUUGGGGAAGAAGACAGAACUCGAAAGGGCACGCACCCAACAAUCAUACCAGCGGCGAACAUACGCGUGCCGCGCCAGAAGCAAAACAAUCGUCCUAACGAUGAUCUUGAGACGCUUUUCGAGAAGAGUUUACAUGCUCCAUCUGCCUCCGAAAAGGUGCCUUCCCAGCUGACGACCCCUCUGGAAUCCUACAAGAAUGCCGAGACGCUGAAUGAGAUGCUUUGGGGAUCUGCUCCUCUCAGAGAUUCAUGGAAUUUUUUCGUCGAGCAUUUUGGCCCUGACGUGGAAAAACUUGCCCUAACAUCAACACCAUCUUAUCUGAAUAAGACUGCGCAAGAACUAUUGGGACGAAUCAUCCAUGCGAAAAAGAGCGAUCCACUAUCAGAGAGAUUACCUAGCGUUACGGAGGUUUCGAGGGUCUAUUUACGAUUAUUAAUACUAUCUGGUGAGGAUUGGAGUGAGAUGAUGUUUCCUCUGCUCGAGUCUAUACUCCGAGUUGAGCAAGCUCCUUCAGCGAAUAUCAACGAACGCCUCAUCGCCGAUACGCUCGGUGCCUGGAAUGUUGUUUGCCGCCGGCCAGGAACAUACCACCACUUUCCGCCUCUGGGUUCGGAUUUAAAUUGGUCCUAUGUGCCUUACGUCUCGUCUGGGGACGCGAACCAAAUGUACCGGAAGCGAGGACCACGAGCAGCCUUUGGAAUACUUACUCCUUCCUUGAAACUUCGUCAUCUGCAAAGAAUUCCCAUUGUCGCACUUGCGACGUUUACCAUCCUCACGAAUAAUUCUACUGUUUCCAAAACACACCUAGAAAAUGCUUCACCUUUCGUUUCCUUAUUAAGCCAGAUAAUCGAUACCCCUGGUCUCACUCUCAAUCAAGUCUUUGACAGAGAUGACUGCCCAACCAUUAUUGCAGAAUCCAUCAAAAGCAAUUGGGCUGUGAUAAAGGAGCGGGCAUCUCAAAUGUCGGAGACUCUGCCUGAGCCGGAACGGCCAAUAAACCGUGGGCAGUCUAGUCCGGACGACGAGUACAGGGUCAGCUUCAUCAACAAACGGCUUCAGUACUCAUUGAAGAGAGGAAACGUGCGAGAAGUCAACGAACUAUGGUCGGACGUAGUGCAGUGGCCUGUGAAGAAGACCGACUUGCCUCAACCCUAUAGUCUGAAGCGUGGGACCUUGACGCAGGAACUCUGCCACUUGUUCAUCUUGGUCUACAUGUCCCUUCGCCAACCGAAUAUCGCAAUCGACGUCUGGAAUCAUAUGUUGAAGUCAGGUCUACAGCCUAACCUUCAAACGUGGGACAAUAUGCUCUCUGGCUGCAAGGCCUCUCGAGACUGGAAGACUCUCGAAGUUGUGUGGAAAAGAAUGCUGGACUCAGGUGCGCAGCCAGAUGUCGUCUGCUGGACGACCCGUAUCAGCGGACUCAUCGAGGGGUUCCAAGUCAACCUUGGAAUACGGGCUCUUGACGAGAUGGGCCGUAUUUGGCUUAGGACAGCGAGAAAGCAACACCCAAAGAUGGAAUUAGAGCAACUGCAAUUGUUGCCCGAGGUCGACGGCGCCGUGAAACCCACAAUCGAGACUAUCAAUGCUGCGGUAGCUGGUCUGUUCAACAAGCAUAGUCCCGACGCUGCACAUCGUGUUCUAGCCUGGGGUGGCAAGUUUGGCAUAGCUCCUAAUCUAAUAACUUACAACACUUUGUUAAGGCCCCUCAUUCGCAAUGGUCACGUCAAACAAGCAACGGCACUUCUGCAACAGAUGCAAAAAGCGGGUAUUCAAGCUGAUGUUGCGACCUUCACAACCAUAUUGGACGAAACUUUCAGAUACUCAAAGCAUAAUACUGCUGAAGAGCAGAAAGCAAUAAUUGACUCUGUCUUCUCUGAAAUGGAAGAGGCUGGGGUAGAGCCGAAUUUACACACCUAUGGUAAAAUUAUAUACGAACUUCUCCAAAGCUCGCAUGGCGAUAUGUCGGCCGUCAAUGCCGUGAUGGCACGAAUGACUCAGCGGGGAUUGGAACCAUCUUCACAGAUAUAUACCAUGAUGGUUGGGCAUUACUUUAAACAAAGCCCUGUAAACCUCGAUGCUGUUCGAGGCAUCAUUGAGCGUGUGAAUAUGGUAGAGGGUAGCACAGACCACAAAUUCUGGGAUCGGGUCGUUGAAGGUUAUGCUCAGGAAGGAGAGACAGCACAUGCUCUCAGAAUUCUUGGGGAUGUGCACCGUGCAAAUCAGAAAGUUGGAUUUUUGGCCAUGCGGAUGUUGUUGUUUGCAUUGGCGCAGAACCAGGAGUGGGAUGCGGCGAGGAAUUUGGUGCGGAAAGUAUUCCUUGAUACUGGUGGCCCCCGGCCGGAAGGAGCACAUGUGAGAAUAGGAGAGCAAUUGUUCUGGCAGCUCGCUACUCAGCUGGUAGAUGAUUUGGCCAAUUUUCAGUACGAGGUGAAAGAUAGACAUCCGGAAAGUUUAGAACCUUUCGACAAAGAAUCGAGAAUAGCCGAGGGAAGUCAUGAAAAGGGGCUCGCUCGCUUGCAAUUGCAGAGUGAGAUUUGA